AUGGCCGCCACCACUGUCAGACCCAUCACCGGUAUGCUCCGCCGGGGCCUCAUGCUCGACCUUGGCCUCUCCCUCGGUAUCGGCUUCGUCAUGGCCAACGCCUACUGGUACGGCUACCACAUGCCUCGCACCAACGCUCGUGACGCCUACUACAAGAAGCUCGAGGAGGAGCGCGCUGCCCGCAUCGGCGCCUAA